AUGGGACGAGGACAGGGUCCCCACCUGCACGAGCAGGAUUUUGGAAGGACGAUCAGGGGGACAGGGGUGGCAGGGGCGGCGGCACGAAGCCUUGAGGCGCAGAUCGGUUGGAUUGCGAGUGCGGUGGAGAGCAAGGCCGCUGCAGAUGACCCGGCGGCGCUCGCUGGCAUUCCCGCGCCCUUUGAGAGGACGUCGUGCUUUGCGUGCGUCCCUCCUGAGGAUCGCGCCUGGUGGAGGUUCCUCGUUCCUCCUGAGUGGGUGCCGCCGCUCCUGGUAGAGGUGCGUUUGCCGUCCGGCCUCCUCCUCCUCGCGCCUCCGCCCCCGGGCAGCGCCGGCACCUACCUGCGCUGCUCCAUUCCAAAAAGCGAGGCGUCGGCGCGCGACCUCGCCUACUGCUCCCAGUGCGGUCGCACCAACUGCCAGUGCUCAGUCAAGACCCAGCUGGCGAGGGACUUUGGUCAGCUCAGCCGGCGGCUGUCCUUCAACCGACGCAACACAGUCCGCCGCGUGCAGCUCGACGACCCUGGCGCGUGGGCCGCCCACCUCGAGUCGAUGGCUGGCGCACGGCUUCAGGGCGUCCGAUUCGAGCAAGGCGUGAGGCCACCCGUGGUUCACUCCAUAAGUGAUGCGAGCCCGCUCCGCGGCGUGAUCUCCCCGGGCGCCAUCGUCGCGUUUGUCGGAGAGUCGACGGAUUGCGCCGCGAUGGACGGCGACGCGCUCGACGCGGCCUUGCGAGCGCAUGCGGAGAGCGAGCGUCGCACUCUCCACUGGAUCGCCGCCGCCGACAUCCCCGAUGUGCUCGCCUCCAUCGCCGAGCGCGAGGCGUCGCUGGUGACAGUCAAGGUGCGCACGAGCUGGACCCCGCAGCGGGAGGUCGACUACCGGACGCGUCUGGCGCUCCCUUCUGGCAAGAGGGCGACGCCGCAGGAGAUCGAGGCGGCCACCGCGGAGCUCUCGCUCCAGCUAGCAAACCUUGGGCGCGUUGCGCCCGGCGAGGCGUGACAAGACCGGGGAUGUGGGGGAGCUGGGACAAACCGACGGGGGAGCGAGUGAGAGGACAGGACCCCUUGCGCCUUGGCCUUGCCACCGGCUUUAUCUCCCCGAGAUACCGGAUACCGCCCACCCGCCCCACGGAGCACGGUGGCAUAAGGUGUGACUGACGAGGGAGAGGCGGUGGUUGGUGGCGGAGGCGGCGAGGGGACGCGCGAGCGGCGCGGCGGGGUGGACAUGUCGCUCAAGGUGAGAAAAGAGUUGAGAAGUUUACAACAAUGAAUGGGCUUCCGCGUCGGGAGCGCCGAGCCGUGGAGAGAGCGAAGUACUCCGAGUAAAUAACGGCGAAGCUCGCGGCGGAGCCGCCCAUGGAUGUGGUGUCGUGUUUGUUUUGUGUUUGCUCACUUCGCGCCGGGGUUGGCGUCGCGCGCGCGGCGCGCGCGCGCAUAGC